AUGCGAAGAGCAUUGGUUAGAACAUGUCAAACAUAUGAGUAUAUGGUCGACCAAUGUGGCGGGUAUUUAAAUGUUGGUUUUCAAAUAAAGGAUCUGUACAAUAAGUUGGAUGCAUCACGGAGGGAAAUUUUGCUCGACGAUGACACAGAAGCUGCACUAUCUUACUUGAAAGCGAAAGGAGCAAUGGAUCCAGAAUUCUUUUGUAAGUUCAGUGUUGACGAGGAAAAUAGGCUUGGUAAUUUGUUUUGGAGGGACUCCACUUCACUUUUGGAUUACAUUGCCUAUGGGGACGUCCUCAUAUUUGACAGCACAUACAAAACAAAUGUUUAUGACAAGCCCCUAGUGUUGUUUGUUGGUUCGAACAACUACCGUUCUACUGUAAUGUUUGGUUGUGCAUUAUUGCAGGACGAGACAUUUGAAACUUACAAGUGGUUAUUGGAAACAUUCAUGGCAUCCAUGAAAGAUAAGAAGCCAAUAUCAAUAUUGACGGAUGGCGAUGAGGCAAUGCGUAAAGCCAUUGAUGAUGUGUUUCCCAUGUCUAACCAUCGGUUGUGCUCAUGGCAUGUGUCAAGGAAUGCACAAAAUAACUUGAAGGAUGAUGAAUUGGUAAGAAAUUUUCAGGCAUGUAUUUGGGAACCAUUUGCAUUGGACGAGUUUGAGAAGAAAUGGGAGGUUCUAAGGGAAAGAGCGAGGACUCCGAAACAAAAAGAAUGGUUGGAAAUGAUGUAUGCAAAAAGUGACUCAUGGGCUGAAUCAUGUUUGAGAGGAAAGUUUUUCAGUGGUAUGUGCACCACUCAACGCGUGGAGUCUAUGAACAAGUAUGUGAAAGAUUACUUGAGGAAAGGUGUGAAGUUGUUUGAAUGUAUUCCAGCAAUUGAUAGGGCUAUGUUACGUCUUAGGAAUACCACGGCAAAGGAUGGUUUCAACGCAAAGUACUCAACACCAGUCCUUAAAACCGCAUUGACAAAACUCGAGCAACAAGCUUCUUUGAUUUACACGCAUAGAUGCUUUGUAUUGGUUCGUCAUGAGAUCGAAUCUUGUUCAGCACUCAUCCAUGAUAAUGUGAUGCAUAAUUUUGGAGGUCGUGUAUACGUAUUGUCAAAAUAUGGUGAACCGCAUAAUAAAUGGACUUGUGUUUACCACGGUGGGGAAAAGAUACGGAUACAGUGUGGAUGCCGGAAAUAUGAAAGUGAAGGGAUCCCGUGUUGCCACCUGUUUUAUGUAAUGAAGUGCGAGCACCUUACGGAAAUUCCUCCAGCACUCAUAAUGAAGAGAUGGACAAAGAGUGCCCAAACUGAUACAUGUAGGGAAUUUAUCAGCAAAGGCGAAGACAGUACCAAGGAAGUUGUAGAAAUCGCGAGGUAUGGAAGUUUAAGUGCUAUGUCAAACAAAGUUUGUUUUUAUGCAUCAAAGAGUGCAAAUGGUUAUGCCAUGUUGACGAAUGAGUUUAGUAGAUGGGAGGGAAUUUGUGAAGACUUACGGCAAAAGGAAGAAGAGACAAGUCUGAAAUUGGGUAGUGCUGAGCAAUGUCCUUCAAAUAUUGUGAAAGAUCCAAAUAUCGUUAGGACAAAAGGCACUCAAGCAAGGCAGGGUGGAACGCGCAAGCGUUGA